GACCCCGGUGGCGGCGGCAGCGGCCGGGGGAAGCCGCGGGGCCGGUCAUGCGGCUGCGGGGCCCGCGGCCCGGAGCGUCCGCCCAGCCCUGAGCGAGGCCCCGCAGGGCGCCCCCCGCCGCUGAGGAUGAGUCACUGCAGCAGCCGCGCCCUGACCCUGCUGAGCAGUGUGUUUGGUGCGUGUGGCCUGCUGCUGGUGGGCAUCGCGGUCAGCACUGACUACUGGCUGUACAUGGAGGAGGGAACCGUGCUGCCGCAGAACCAGACCACGGAGGUCAAGAUGGCGCUGCACGCCGGCCUCUGGCGCGUCUGCUUCUUCGCAGGCCGGGAGAAGGGUCGCUGCGUGGCCUCGGAAUAUUUUCUUGAACCGGAGAUCAACUUGGUGACGGAAAACACGGAGAAUAUUCUGAAGACAGUGCGCACAGCCACUCCCUUCCCCAUGGUCAGCCUCUUCCUCGUGUUCACCGCCUUCGUCAUCAGCAACAUCGGCCACAUCCGCCCACAGAGGACCAUUCUGGCCUUCGUUUCUGGCAUCUUCUUCAUUCUAUCGGGCCUCUCCUUGGUGGUGGGCUUGGUUCUUUACAUUUCCAGCAUCAAUGACGAGGUCAUGAACAGGCCCAGCAGCUCUGAGCAGUAUUUCCACUAUCGCUACGGGUGGUCUUUUGCCUUCGCUGCUUCCUCCUUCCUACUCAAAGAGGGGGCUGGCGUGAUGUCCGUGUACUUGUUCACCAAGCGCUACGCCGAGGAGGAGAUGUAUCGCCCGCACCCGGCCUUCUACCGCCCGCGUCUCAGCGACUGCUCCGACUACUCGGGCCAGUUCCUGCAGCCGGAGGCGUGGCGCCGCGGCCGCAGCCCCUCCGACAUCUCCAGCGACGUGUCCAUUCAGAUGACGCAGAACUACCCUCCCGCCAUCAAGUAUCCAGACCAUCUGCACAUCUCCACCUCACCCUGCUGAGGCCCCGCCACUCGGAGCUCCCUUUCUCCUCCACACCCUCACCGGUCUCCCUGAAACGCAGCUCCCCUCCCUCCACCGAACUCCUCGCUCUCACCUGGGGUGGGGGGGAAUGCUGCUCUGGCUUUAGCCCCGCCCUUCUCGGUGGCCCCGCCCACCACUCUAGCCCCUCCCCCUUCCUGGCCUGUCCACUUCAUUGGACCUUCCUUCCAGAUGGUUCCUCUCCCUUGUCCGUAGGGUCCGUCCGUUUCCUCUGGCCCUGCCCCUCAGCCAAUUACUGCCUCCGGCGUUUUCCGGCUCUGCGCACCUGGCUCAGCAGCCAGCGGGCGGUUGAGGCGCCCACCUCUGCUGAGCUCUCCCAUCUGCUCCCUCCCCGUAGGGGCGCUGGGCUGGAGAGUAGGGUCCGGCAGCCGCCAGGAAUGCCAACCAUCCUCUUCUCCCCUCUGCCGACUUCUCUCUUUUCUGGCCCAGUCUCACCUCAGGACCUUGGGGUCCUUGGGUGCAGUGGGGGACUUCCUUGCUCCGUCCACAGCUCCGGGGUGGGGUGGAGGCCGGAGGCUGUGGGUAUGGUUCAUCUGGUCUCCCCCUGCGCUUCUCUGCUUCCCUGGAGACCCCCUUCUUUCUCACCGGCUGGGCUCUUCUAGGCCGCCAGAAGGUUACUUGCCGGUCAGGGAGCGCUAUCCAACCGAUCUUGCUUUCUCAGCUGUCCUUAGCUUCUCUUUCUUCCUCCUCUUCCUUCUGUCUCCCUCCUCUCCACUUACUCAUCCAAAGCCCCUGGGUGCAUCCAGCCCCGCACACCACAGGACAAGGAUGGAGACCCUGGGGUGAGGGAAUUCCACGCCAUUUCCACACCUGUGCCCGCCUCUUCCCCCUUGAGGUUCCUCAAAGGAGGCAGAGGCAGUAGCGGGGGUCGACACCCCCUAAACCUCGAAGUCUUCCAUUUUCUGGCACUCCCCCUCAUUGAAGUCCUCCUUCCCAUCUCAGACCCCCAACUCUGGCCUCUUUCAAGGGUCCAUUUUCCCCCUUGGACAGAUUUGGGGGGGUCCCAGAAAUUCGCCCACCGCCCCUUAUUAGGGGAAGAGGGGCGAGGUAGCACAGUGUUGUACACGGAACCAGGAAGGCCCCCGGGGUGGGGGGAGGGCGGC